AUGACCGUCCUGAAGCUACCGCCCAUCAAGGGCUUCCACACCUGCUCCGACCUGGAGCAGACCGACGUCCUCGACACCCUGUUCGAACCCAGCCCCGUCAUCCACGAGAAGCUGCUGUCCGUCAUCCGGACGGCCCAGUACAGCUCCUGGGACGACCUGAUCGACGCGUGCCAGAUCCGCCUGCUGUCGCUCGCCGCGUCCACCUCGACCUCGUCGCCCGACGCCGAGCUGCUCAACGUGCUGGGCUCGCAUCCGCGCCUGGGCGAGAAGAAGAUUGAGUCGGCCCACUCGGCCUCGGAGCAGGCCAACAUCCAGAAGAACCAGAGCGUCGCAGAGGAGGAGGAGCUCGCGGCCCUGAACAAGCAGUACGAGAAGACCUUUCCCGGCCUGCGCUACGUCGUCUUUGUCAACGGGCGCGGCCGGCCCGAGAUUAUGGAGGACAUGAAAUCGAGGAUCGCGCGGGGCGACUACACAAAGGAGGUGGAUGCGGCGCUGCAGGCCAUGUGUGACAUUGCAAAGGAUAGGGCGUCGAAGCUGGUAUAG